CACCAUUCGUUGUCUUUUGCUCUCUAGCCACCGACGGGAAGGGAGUGACUUUUUCGCUCGUAAAAUUUUUACCCUGCGAAUCAAAAAUAGCGAACACAACACAUCUCAGCGACACCCAUAGGCUUGCCACUAAGCACAUAGACAGCCUGUCUAUCUCCACCUGAAUCAUGUCGAGUUCUGGGUACACCAGUAGCGGGGCGAGUACGCCCUCCAACGGUUCGCGCCCGUCCUCCCCGGGACCGGGCGUACCGUACGUGAAGCUCGCCGACAGGAUUGAGGCUAAGAUCAACCGUGGAGAGCGCUGGUUCUCACUGGAGUUCUUCCCUCCCAGGACCCCCCAGGGUGCUGCCAACUUGAUCUCAAGGUUUGAGCGGAUGGUCCAGGGUGGACCCAUGUUUAUGGACAUCACCUGGCACCCCGCGGGGGACCCCGGUAACAGCGACAAGGAGACCAGCUCCAUGUCCAUCGCCUGCGCAGCGCUCAACUACGUCGGACACGAGACCAUGCUGCACAUGAGCUGCUGUAACUCCACCAAGGACGACAUCAGGAGACAUCUGGACAAGGCUAAGGAGCUGGGCAUCCGUAACAUCCUGGCACUCCGCGGAGAUCCCAUUGUUGGAGAUGAGUGGAAGUAUGUGGAAGACGGGUUCAACUACGCUACAGACAUGGUGAGGUUCCUCAGAGCAGAGUUUGGGGACUACUUCACUGUGUGUGUGGCAGGUUACCCCCACGGCCACCCCGACAGUCCCACCUACGAGGAGGACCUGCAGCACCUGAAGGAGAAAGUUGACGCAGGUGCAGACUUCAUCAUCACGCAGCUGUUCUUCAAGGCUGACAGGUUCGUCAAGUUCGUGGAGGACUGUCGACGCAUCGGCAUCAAUGUUCCCAUCAUUCCCGGGGUCAUGCCCAUACAGGGUUACCACUCUCUGAGAAACCUGGUCAAACUGUCCAAACUGGAGAUCCCAGAUGAAAUUCGCGAGGCCAUUGAACCAAUCAGAGACAACGACGAGGCCAUCCGUAACUAUGGCGUCCACCAGGCGGUCACCAUGAUCAGGGAACUGUUCGACAGCGGACUGGUCAACGGUCUUCACUUCUACACACUCAACAGAGAGGUUGCGACCAUACAGAUUCUGAAACAGAUCGGCCUGUGGACGGAGGAUAUCCAGAGACCGUGGCCUUGGAAGAGAACGGCCAACUACAACCGAUGCGAGGAGGAGGUUCGGCCGAUCUUCUGGGCCUCGCGACCCAAGAGCUACGUGUACCGCACUCAGGAGUGGGAUGAGUUUCCCAACGGAAGAUGGGAAAGCCUUAAAAGACGAUCAUCAUCAGGAGAAAAUUGGAAAGAAGACAGGGGCAGUUCCGAGUCUCCGGCCUUUGGGGAGUUGAAUGACUAUUACCUGUUCUACCUGAAGCCCAACGCCAAGAAAGAGGAAUUGCUGGACAUGUGGGGCCACGAGCUGACGUGUCUACAAGACGUGUUCGACGUCUUUACAAACUACAUCACAGGGAAGGACAGCAAGAAUGGCAAGAAGGUGCGAAAGAUCCCGUGGAACGAUGACGACCUUGCGGCAGAGACCGGCUACAUCAACGACAAACUUGCGAGGAUCAACAGCAGAGGGGUCCUGACAAUCAACUCCCAGCCUAACGUCAACGCAGCGCCGUCCACUGACCCGGUCGUCGGGUGGGGCACACCGGGCGGUUACGUCUUUCAGAAGGCAUACCUAGAAUUCUUCACGUCUCGUGAGAAUGUCCAGGCCUUGUUCAAGGUACUGCCCAAGUAUCCUAAUGUCAACUACCACAUCAUCAAAUACGAGGGUGAAGAUGACUACACCAACUGUGACCAGCAGCAGCCAAUAGCAGUCACCUGGGGAGUCUUCCCUGGGAAGGAGAUCAUCCAGCCAACCGUGGUAGAUCCUGUCAGUUUCAAAUUCUGGAAGGACGAGGCUUUCACGUUGUGGACGGAGUACUGGGGCCAGCUGUACGCGGAGAACUCCAAGUCGCGAGAACUGAUCCAGCACAUCCACGACACCUGGUACCUCGUCAACCUGGUCGACAACGACUUCCCCAGGGAAAAUAUCCUGUUCACUGUUAUCAAGGACAUGUUUGCAGAGGCUGACCUCCAGAGGGCAAAGGGCAAGGGUCAGACCAAUGGGGUGAACGGCGUCCACCAUGUUGAUGAUGAUGGUGUGUUUGUGAAUGGGGCCGGUGAUGUCCCAAAGAACACUUGUGCCGAACAGAUUCAGAGAAACGCCGAAGCUGAGAUUGUACAAGCCCUGUAAAAAAACAUGUUCACUUCAAGAAACCAAAACUGUAUACUUCAAACUCUUGUGCAAUUGUGAAAAGACUUCUCACAAGCAGUCAAGGAAGAAUAAGAGACAGUCCAUCUCUCUAAGACUGUCCUUAAAGAUGACACAGUUUAAAUCUCUUUCAUGGAAGAAGAUGUGAGAUAUUGACAUAUUGAGAUUCAUAUUUCACAGUUGAUUUGUGAAAUGUGUCCAAAGUUUAUGGGUUGCACAGGAAAGUGGCCGUGCAGUGUUCAAGCGUUUUUAUAACGAUCAUUCAAAAGUGGUUAUUGUCAAAUUUCUCAUAAAAUCUUCACAUGAAUUACACAUAUCAUAAUAUGGAAUGUGUUACGUACAUGUGUAUUAUAGCAAGCAAUUUCAAUGGCUCAUAAUGAGCCUAAAAGCAACAUUUAAACAUAACACUGCCAAUUGGAAGUAUUGUUUUGGGUGGCUGGGCUGUGUUUGUGUAUCUGCCUGUCCAGACAGUAGGUUGACAACACGUGAGGAAGAUUGGCAGGCAGAAUGACAGCAGGUAAAGGGGUCAGAAUCUGACCAGGAGCCGACAGCAAUUAGAGGUGGAUAUGAGGUAAUUCAAGAGGCAGAGGGUUUCAUACUUUUCUGGAAGUCUGGAUUUCUUGCUGAUUUCUAAGUUAAUGGAUACUUUUUCGCCGUUACUUAAAGUGCUCAAAGGCUGUCGGUCAGUGUCCUCUUAUAUGUCAAACUACUUCUUAACUUGUGAUCUUUAAAGUUCCUCCCCCUUCUUGGUAGAAGUCUUUAUUAAGCCAGUCUAAAAACUAUAUGUUAUUACCAACACAAGAAAAUGGACCCAAAUUUUGCUCAUUUUUUUUUCUCAUUUUUUGACAGACAUGAGUUGUACAGUGGAAAAUUAGGGGUAAGACCAAGUUCUUGCUUCAUAACUUACAGUAGCUUGUUAAUAAUUGCAUAUACUGCUGCUACUAGCCAGUGAAGUAUUAUUUUUAUAACAGGGAAGCAGUUUACUCAGGUUGAUACUUUCCAAACAGAGGUUUAUGUUUGAGCUUAUUCUUGUCUUUGUAGGUAUAUUGUAUCAGGCUCAUCUUCUUUGUCACCAGCCAAAGAAAUAAAAC